AUGGCGCAAGAGGAGCUGUCAGCUUUUACACCAACUCAAAAGUCUGUAAUCCAACAGAUGAUCCAAGAGGCAGUUCAAUCAGCUCUGGACGCGCGAGGUGCGCAGGAUCCCCAAAACGCUACUCUUCCACAACUCUUGUCAACAUCGGCACGCCGGUCACGAUCAAGCUCGCCCCUACGUCUGUCCCAGCUCCAAGAGCGUAGCGAACAAUGCAAAUCGUCAGUUCCUGAGAUAGAGCCAUGGAAUGGAGAAGAGCUCGGUUACUUCCACCCGGACUUGGCCGAUGAGGAUGAUGCCGCAGUUGGGGUAGUUAACAACCAGGUACGCUACCGCGACGUCCAUGUCUUCGUUGAUCGCGUACGCGAAGUAGCGGCUGUUAGAGGAGAAAAUACCGUCAAACACCAACUUUGGGUUUGCCUUCGUGGCCUAGCUUUGACCUGGUACUCCGUCGAGCUAUCCGAACAUCAGAGGCGGUCGCUGCGUCUCGCGAGCCUCGAAGACGGAUGGAUAAGCGCUCUGAUCGAACAAUUCCAGCUCACAAAGGAAGAAGCUGCAAACAGGCUGAAAUGUGCGUCCUAUUCCAUGGCAGACGUCGGAGCAGGAGUGAGUGUUCGCUCAUUUGCACAGAGAAUCUUUCGGUAUGCCACAGCAAUGGGCAAAGAUUCUAUCAUGGAGCAAUUGAUGUUAGUAUGGACCAAGCUGGACCCUGAACUGCGAGCCCAUAUCCCCGAACCGACGCCAACAUUGACGACAUCUGAGUUUUUGGACCAGCUGAGUUCCAAGGAGUGUAUUUGGAGUAGGAUAGCCCGUUACAUGCCCGCAGUAUCAGCGACACAAGCCGACCAUCUGCCAAAAGCCUUGUCACCGAAUUUCGAUCCGAUCCCCAAAUUGAAGGGGUGCCAAGACUAA